CGGCUCCGCUCCAUUCCACGCUCGCCCUCAGCAUGGCCCGGACGCGCACCACCGCGCUGGCCGCAGCCGCAGCCGCCGCCGUCUGCGUCCUCACCGUGUGCCAUGCGGCCGUCAUUCCCACGACGUCCCGGACGGCGGCGGCGACGCCAGACACGGCCGCCGUGAUCACCUCGACAUCGCCACCCUCCACGACGGCGUCCACCGCGGCGCCGCGGCCAUUUCUCGGCUCGGGGGGUGAUUCUGGCUCGGCCCCGGAGAACGCCGGUGGUGGUGGUGCUGCUGCUGCCGCGGCCCGCGAGGAGGCGAAGGUCGCUGUGGCCGAGCCUGUCCGGGCUGGGGUCGUUUCACCUGGGCGUGAGCACGCACUGGACCGUGUCCACCCGCUGGCCGACCCCGCUCACGUGGCACAUCAGCCUGCACUGGAGCCCGCCGCUCCACUUCUACCUCAACCUGGGCGUCACGCCGCAGGGGUCGUCGGGGUGGUUCCCGAUAGCCACAAACUGGGGGUGGCGACGCCGGUGAAGGAAGGUGCGGGUGCAGCACGCACAAUUGGAGACUUGAGCCCCUCACAAGAAGCGGACCUGCUCGAUGCUAUCAUAACCGCUAUUCAAAACCUGGCAGACGGCACCCCCGAGGAGUCCGCCACCGUCAUGCCCACCGCUCGACCCGUCUCCAAGGCACGCGGUCUGCCGCAGGUGCACGUCAUGAAGAAGUACGUCUUCUCCGACUCGUACCUGCCGCCGCUGAUCCAGGUGGUGUCCCACCUGGUGGAGAAGGUGGAGGAGCGGGAGCAGGAGCAGGCGCUGGCGGCCGCGACGGAGGCCCCCGCCAUCGACAUGGACACCAUCUACGUGGACGCGAUCACCACCACCACCGAGGUAGCGCCCGCCCUCGGCGAGAACCCUAUCGUGGUGUCGGUGCUGGGAGGGGAGCCCGUCGUGGUCCCGACGAGCAGUGCGGGCACCAUAGCCAUCCUGCCGGUCACCGACGAGGGUGGCCUGGUGCCGCCCCCCGUGGCCGACGGCACAGACAUACACGUCGUGCCCAUCGCUGUCGGAGGCACCCCGGUCACAAGUAUGGGGUCGCAGGUCGAGGUGGCCAUCCCCGACGGCCAGUCCCCGGUCGUUCUGCCCAUCGCUAGCCUACUACCAGGGUUCUCUGCGGCGCCGUCAGUUCUAGCACCGGUCCCAGAACUAGCUCCGCCACCGGCACCGUCACCGGCUCCGUCAUCAACUCCGUCCCCAGCUCCGUCACCAGCUCCGUCACCAGCUCCGUCACCAGCUCCGUCACCAGCUCCGUCACCAGCUCCAUCACAAGAUUCGUCACCAGCUUCAGCAUCAACUCCAGCAUCAGUCCCAGUGUCAGCUCAAACUGAAGAAACAAAAGAAACGACACCCGUGACGCCCGUAGACAAAGAUAUAGUGGUUCAGCUCGAGCCUCUCGUUCAAGCGAUACCUGAAUUGCUACCGCCUGUCCACAAUCUAAAAGAGAGGAAGUGGCAGAAUGAUGACAAGGAUGACGAAAAAGACGACAGAGAGGACGAAAGAGACGACAGGGAGGACGAAAAGGACGACAGGGAGGACGAAAAGGACGACAGGGAAGACGAAAAGGACGACAGAGAGGACAAAAAGGACGAUCGAGAAGACGAAAAGCAUGAUAGAGAGGAUGACAAAGAAGAUGACAAGGAUGACCGGGAGGACGAAAAGAACGACAGAGAGGAUGAAAAGAAUGACGAAGAGGACGACAAGGAGGAUGACAAGAGGAUCAAGUCAGCGAACAAGCAGACAGAAGACGACGACGAAGAUAUGAUGGAGGACAUGCCAGUAGUACAGCGAGACGUGCCCAUCGUCAACGAGGAGACGGUCCCCAUGAUGAUGAUGUUCAACAUGGUGCCGUCCGACGCACCCGAGAUGGUCAUGGACAUGGCGAUGCCCUCCGCCGCGGAGUUCAUGGAGGCCAUGGAGAACGAAGGCUCGCUCGAACCGCUCCAUCGCAGCAAGCGCGAGUCGGCGCAGCCGAUCUUCCCCAACGAGUUCAAGACCUUCCAUUCCUUUCCGACGGCCGACCAGCCCAGCGAGGAUGAGGACGCAAAGUCGAUCGCCGAGGACGAGGAGAAUGAGGAGAUCCUCGACCUCCACGACGAUGGCCCUUUCAUCGACAGCAUCCGCGGGGAGGCGGCGUGGACGAAGGAGUCCACUGUCCCCGCCUCACGCACACUCCUCAAGCUUAUCAGGUUUCGCUACGCCCUCAGCACCGACGCCAAGCGACAGAACUUCAAAAACCUACAGGGCCAAUCGGAGACCGUGCUGGAGGACCUCGUGCAGACAUCCAGUCUGUCCGGGAGGGAGCAGCUCGGCGUCUUGCUCAACACGGUCCUCAAGCGAGGGGAGAUCAAGUCGCCCAAGACCCGGAGUCGCGCCGAGAAGGUGCUGGCCGAGCUGCAGGAGGAGGACUCGGACCUGAGCAGGCUGCUCGACGGCAUCCCCGCCUUGAAGUACGGCCGGUAGACAUCGGUAGGCUGCAGCCCGACGACCAAAGCGCGCCGAUGAUGAGGGCAAAAUUCGUGCGGCCGGGCCACAUAAAAUAAAAACAAAAACAACGAAAAGCGGGGGAAACCCUGACUGACGCGGUAAAGAAUCCCGCCGCUGCCUUCUGCUGCUCCGACCCCGAUUAAAAGUUGGGCAAACAGCUCAGCGAGGGAUGUGCAUUAUUAACGCCCGGGUCACGCCUCUCUCUCUCGCACACCGCGGGCCGGGUCAGCGGGCGAGCGACGGAGACAGAGCGCCCUCCAUCCGGUGCACACAAACUCGCGUGUGCCCGCCCCCCGGCGCAUACCAGACGGCGGCGGCCCCCGCGCCCCCGCCGUGCGCCGCCCCUCUGCCGACGGCCGCCCCCCGCCACACCUGCCUUAGCGGCCCGCAACAUUUUAGAGGCCACUUACUUGUAGGCCUCCCUCCUGCUCUCGCUCCUGCUCGACUACACCGCCCUCGCCCUGCCCGGCCGCACCCGCCUUACCACCACCCCACCGGGUGAUUUGCUUGCGACUCGUGUGUUAAUGCCCCUCCAGAUCCCCGUUACGGCCCCCCCUUGAUGGCCUUCCGUCCGAGAUACUGCA